AUGAUGCAGACUCAAGAACCGUGCGCGCAGCAGCAGACACAUGAACUAGAGACAGCAAGCCACGAGAACCAACACAAAGACCGCGGCACUGCGCACAGUAUGUCCACGCCCACGCGCGCACCCACACUCACACCGGCAGUCUUCUCAUUGUACGCAUCCCUGAACAGCCAAGCAGAUGCUGAGCGUUUCCAAGGCCUACGCACGACCGUGUUUGCGAAUGCGCGCGCAGAACACGUCUUCAUUCAGGCACAGGCACCCCUGGCCUCCCUGACGGUGAGCAACGCAGACAACGUUCACAUCAACGCGUGCUCGGCGGUGAUUGACAACUUGGUGAUCCGCGACGUGACACGCGUCGUCUGGCUGCCAGCAACAACACAACGCAGCACCGCAUGCCACCUCAGCAACGUCCAGCAUAUUGACCUGCGCACCAAGAGCACGCUCACAGAAGACCUGGGCGCAUUUGCAGGAAUCCCGAGCGUUGGCCUUGCAACUGCCAGCGAUGACACCGGCGUGGACCUUGCGUCACUCCAUGGUGUGAAGCAGCUGAGGUUGUCCACCGAAGGCACGGAAGCAGUACGGGGACACUCGGUGUGUCAAACAGCAGAAACGCUCGUGCUGUCGCACACGAGCAUCACCCCGACAGACAUGCUGCCGGCGGCGGCCGUUGUCAAACUCUCCCACAUGAGUGCUGUGCCGGAGCUGCUGCAUCUACCCAACGCCAUCGACAUUGCCCUGGGGUAUGGGUCCAAGGUGCGGCAGUUCACAUGUGCGUCACGCAUCAACAGACUGGUGAUCCGUGACGCCACGAGCACGCCGCGGUGCAUUCCAAACUUUGAGCACGCCCAUGUCGUGUGCCUUGCGCUGCCGCAUCUGCACCUGACGAGCGAGCAGCUGUUGACCUCAGCACCCGCGUUGACAAACUCGCCGCAUACAAGCACAAGCGUCGUGCGUGGCAUCCCCAACCAUGCGCACGUGUGCCUGGACUGUUUCGAGAUUGACGGACCGGUCCCACCGUGCGUCAAAGAGCUCGAAGCGCUGGAAGGCAGCGCUUUGCAAGGCAGCUUCGUCAGCCACGUCCCGCGCCUGAGUCUCAAAGACAAAUGCGGGCACGCGCGCAUCAACGACGUGCACUUGCUCUCUGGGCGCAAGGUGCUGCAGUUGACGCAGGUCUUGCUUGAAGGGGAGCUCGCGUCUUGCGAGCAGCUGAGUCUGUGCGGGUGCCGGGGGCGCCUGGGCUUGACAUCCAUUGGGUCCCUCGACCUGAAUGGCGCAGUGGUGACUACUGAGGAUGGCAGCGGCGACGGAGACAACAACAUCGAUUCUGGCGAUGGCAGUGACGACAGUGACAACAGGGCACUUGCGGAGACGAAGCUUGUCAUCACGCGCGUGCACCAUGUGACCCUCUGCCGUCUCGAGGAGUGCGUCAUCCACGACUUUGGGUGCUUUCAGGACGUGCAGCACCUCACGCUGAAGGAAUGCAAGUUGAAGGACCUGGCCAGCUUUCCGCCCGUGCAUGUCCUCGUUUUGCGCAACUGUGAGACCAUGGACGAGGACGGGUGGUGCCCAGAUGCAGUCUUCGUGGACCGCUCGCCAAAGAAGAUGGAGCAACUCUUGCUUGCCGAGCGAAGAAGGUGGUGA